AUGGCUAUGGUCAAGAUUCAGCCAUCUUUCACCAGUCCUUCCUUGUCGCAGCCAAAUUGCAGUCUUCCAUUCAAAUGCGGGAACAUCACAGCCGGUUAUCCUUUCUGGGGAGGUGACCGAUCCAUUGGUUGCGGCCAUCCUGAUCUACGGCUUGAUUGUAGUUAUGAAUUGUUCAAUUAUAACAACGAUGAGUUUUCAAAGCAUUAUGAUGCACCUAACAUAGCGAUCAAUGAUGUGUUAUACAGUAUUUUGAAUAUUGACGAGAAAGCCCAAACUCUCAGGAUUUCAAGAAUAGACUACCUGGGCAGUAUCUGCUCUCCCCAAUUCCCUAGCACCAUUAUCAAUUCUUCGAUUCUUGAUUAUGAUCCAGCAGAACGAUUUAGAAGCUACGGGUCUCUUGCUCCAAAAAGAUGUAAUUAUUCAGAUAUUCAAAAGAUAAAAUCAUUCAGCAAUAAACUUGGUCAAGGUGGCUAUGGCGAUGUUUACAAAGGAAUGUUACCUGAUGGCCCUCCUGUAGCUGUCAAGGUCUUGAAGGAAUCUAAGGGUAAUAAUGGAGAAGAAUUUAUGAAUGAGGUGGCUAAUAUCAGCAGAACAUCCAAUGUCAAUAUAGUCACUCUUCUAGGGUUUUGCUGCCAGAGAAAUGAAAGAGCUUUGAUUUAUGAAUUCAUGCCUAAUGGGUCCUUAGAUAAAUUCAUAUAUGAUCAAGAAUCUUCAAGCACGAACCAAAAAUUGGAUUGGAAGACAAAGUUUCAGAUUGCAGUUGGAAUUGCAAGAGGACUAGAGUAUUUACACAGAGGUUGUAGCAUCAGGAUUGUGCAUUUUGAUAUAAAACCCCGCAACAUUCUUUUGAAUGAAGACUUUUGUCCAAAGAUAUCUGAUUUUGCGCUUGCUAAACAAUCCAAAAAUAAGGAAAGUAUCUUGUUAAUGUUGGAAGCAAGAGGAACUAUUGGGUAUAUUGCCCCAGAAGUAUAUAGUAGAAACUUUGGAGGAGUCUCUCACAAAUCUGAUGUGUAUAGUUAUGGAAUAAUGAUUCUUGAAAUAGUAGGAGGAAAAAAGAAUAUUGAUGAUGCAACAUCUCACACCGGUGAAAUAUACUCUUCACAUUGGUUAUUCAAGCAUCUUUUGUCAGGCGAAGAACAGUGCAUCGAUCUUCUUGGGGUUGUCACUGCAGAGGAAAAAGAGAUGGCGAAGAAGAUGAUCUUUGUAAGCUUGUGGUGCAUUCAAACUUUUCCAUCUGACAGACCAUCCAUGACUAAGGUUUUGGAAAUGCUGGCAGGUAGCCUAGAAAACUUGCAAGCUCCACCGAAACCUCCAACGUUUUCUGCAAAUAUGUCACCAUCUAAGCAUAUUCCCCCGCAACAUCACCAACGUCAACUUGAAUCACAGAAGAAGCCACAGUGAGCUGAGCGACAUGUGAAAUACACUUAAGUUUGCAUAACAAUUAUCUGUCGAACAUUACAGACAUUCUGAUCCAAAAUACAAACAAUUCUG